GCGCGUACAGGAUAUAGCAUUCAAAAAAGCGGAUGUGAGACGGGAAAACUACCUGUAUUAUUGUUUCGUCGUUUCGAAAAAUUAUAAUUUUUAUAUACUUCGUGUUUAUUUUUUAUGGUGUGAAGUGUUAUCUCGUUAUUUUUUAACAAUGACUGAUACGGAGAUACAAAUUUCUGCCAAGGAUUUACCCAAAAAGUUCCACGUAAAAUAUUUAGGAACCCAUCCUGUUAAAGGUUUAUAUGGAAUGAAAAACACGAGAAAGCCUGUGGACUCUUUAGUAACCCAGGCAAAAUCCAUCGGAGAAAAAGGCCAAAUCCUUCCCCUACUAGAUCUCGAAGUGAACGUGGAAGGCAUCAAAUUCGUGGACAUAACCAACAAAAAACACAAAAGCGACCCGGUUCAGUUCGGAGUCGACGUCAUUUCCUACGGAGUACAGGACCUGAUCUACACCAGAGUGUUUACAAUUAUAGUCCUUACUUCUACAUGUGAAACAAUAAACCCAAAAGCUGAGAUUCCAUUUGUUUGUCAUACUUUUUUAUGUAAUUCAAGACAGGAAGCCAGGGAGUUGACUUUUUCGCUGGCGGCAGCUUUCCAGGAUUACGGGGCUCGAGUUAAGAGGGACAAUCUCCCUGCAAAGAAGUUCGCUAUUGAUCUGAGGACUCCUGAGGAGCAGGCUGAUGAUGAAGAUAUUGAAACGGAUGCCUAAGAAGUUUUAGAUGUAGGAAUUAACGAUACAAGGCCAGAAAGUGACUUAAAUUAGUUAAGUUAGAAAUUUGGCACAUUAUCGCUUAAAAUUUUAUUUCAUACUGCAGGCAAAUGUCACGAAAUGUCAAAAGAACAAGAUACAUAAUUUAAUUGCUUGCGAUUAUAC